GCUACGGCGGUUGUAUUUAAAUAUUCUUUGAUGUUUUUCUAAUAUUUUAUAUUUUGAUUCUAAGUUACCUGACCGGUGUUCAAUUCAUAACAAGAAGUUUAUCGAAAGUCGUAUUUCGUUAGUGAGACUAUUCGCUGUUUUCACUAUGGAAACGAUCACAGCUGAAGAUGUGGUUCGGCUUGCCAAUGCUGUUUCUAUUAAGUGUUCACUGAACGUGAAGAUUAAUGAGAAGUCACAAUGUACAAGCGACUUAAUGCUAAGUUUGUACUAUGCAGUCAUGGGGGAGCUCCCUACAGGUGUCUUGUCAGAUUGCAUUACUGAAGAGUCACAAGUCCACAAUGUAGCUUGCAUCAUUGACACUUUGGCAGAUGAGUAUCUCCAUGUUGAUCUGAGCCAUUUGUCCCCGAAACUGUUUGUCAAUGGAGACACAGUUACCAUAUACAACCUGCUUGAAAUUCUCGACGGAGUUUUGGAAUUCAUGUUGGAACAGAUAAGCAGCAAUGGUGAUAGUGGGGAUGAAGGUGACAUAGAUUCAGAUCAACUCAGUGAAAAACCAGUUCAAGGUUCAUAUCAAAGCAAGAGUGAAGAUCAUGACAGCUCAGUUUGCACCCAGGAGUUGCUGGAUCUCGACACAACACCAAGAAAUGCCUCUCCAAUUGAUGAUAAAUUGAGUAUUUCCAGCGAUAAGUUUUUUCCACUAGUAGCUUCUGAAUCAUCAAGUGUCACAGCGGACGAUUGGGCUGUUUUAAAAUCUUCAGGAAAUGGCAGCAUAUCGGAACAUACUUUGGAGCCAACAGAAUUGGAACAAACUCUAUCGGAUUCUGGUGACAAGACAGAUUCACUUAUUCGUCUAGGAAAUGUGACAAAAUCUUUUUCCAAGUCUUUGAAACUUCCUGUGCAAAAGGAAAAACUUCCCAUUGAUAACACAAGUGGUAUGAGUAAAUCUGUGGACCUUAGGUCUACUUAUACUGUCAAAAAUCCACCCAAAGUUACUGUGGAAGUCAGAAAAAAGGGAACUGAACUAAGCGUCAGUGAUUUUACCAGCGACACAUCUGAUGCAGACACCACCAAACCACCCCAAGUAUUUGUUGAUACAAAACAGCAAAGCGAUGCCAAAGACACGGCUUCCACUGUUAGCACCGCUAGCUCCGAUGGUGAAGACGUCCCUGAUGGGAUUCCAAAACCAAAUUUGAGUAAAACCACGCCAAUUGACGGAAGUUCGAUUGCAUCGGAUCAUUUUGAGACCAGGGUUCUCAACCAACCAAGUGUGGAGGAAGAUAGGAUCACACCACCUGUCGAGCGAGAUUGGGCAGAAUUAUUGAAAAACCUUCAGAAAACUGUUGAAGAGUCGAGAAAAAUCCGUGAAAAGUUUUUCACAACUCCAGCAGUUGAUACUACACAGAGUUUUACGGAUCCCCAAACAGAAGAAACUUUAGACACCACUGGUUUAACUAGUGAAGUGGAAAAUGACACAACACAAGACUCCUUGAAAACGAAACUAAAGCAACGAAAUGUUCGCUUUGAAGACACCAUUUCUACUAAAACUGGAAAAGAUUUGGAAAAGUUUAAAAACUUACUACGUAAAGAAAAGGAACUUCAAAACUUAAAGAACAAGGUAUUGGCUGAAAGCUAUCAGGAUCAUUUGGAAGAAGUUGAGUUUUCUGAACGUAGAAAGAUGGGAGCUAUCGUGAAGAAGGCGGCUGACACUGACAAGAAAUAUAAACUUGAGGUUCAAAAACAAAGGAAACAAGAAAAGAUGAAAACUGGUAGGAAGAAAGAAAUCUCUGCAGCAGCCAGAUCAAAAGGAUGGCAAACCACAAAUGUUUGUAUGAAGAGGAGACUUGGUUCUAGUCCGAUUCGAAAGAAGUUGUCAUCCAACCUCACGAUUGGGGAGCAUGAUCUUCUCCCGAUGCUCAUGGAUGAGUUCCCGGGUCUUCAUCUUUCACCCACCACGCUCAACAAUGCUUGGAAGAAACAGUUUCGACAAAUCGAGGUCAUUACUUCAAACGAAGCCCGCCACAUGAGGGCAAAGAAGAGCAGCGAGAAACAAUUGCAGGAAGCUCAUGAACGUCACCAACUGCUCACAGCGAUCAUCCAGCGUGAGCAUGAUCACACGCAUCGUGUUCGUGAAGCGAGGGAGAGGUUGGCUGGAAGAAGAGAAGCGAUGCAGAAGCAGAGGGAUCGGAAGAACCAAACUGCGAGAGUGAGGAGAUAUUAUCGGGAUUAUCAACUUCAGAUGAAAGCAAGGAUGCUGAAACGGAGGACACGGGAAGAGAAUCUCUUCAAGAACCUUUUCGAGGAAGGUCUUCAAAUCCAGCGUAAUCGACUGCGUGAGAUCCGAACAUAUGCUCGCGAUAAACGGGAUGAACAACAGAAGAGACAGAAAAAUGAAAUCGCUUCGCUUGAGAAUUAUUACAAGGAUCAGUUUGCUGUGUUGGCUGAGACUUUGGAAAAAGAGAAAGAUGAUCUGAGAACAAGAGACAAAGCGCAGACAACGUUGCUUCGUCAGAUGAAGACUGGACUUCGUGAAAAGAUGGAGCGAGAAGUAAGCGAACUACAAGAAAGAAUCGCACGUGAUGAUCAUGAUAUCUAUUAUCGGGAACUGGAAGCUGAUAGAAUCCGGAGGCAGCUGCAGAUGGCCACGUACCAUGCAAAGUUUAAAGCUCCAUAGAUUGUGUGGUGUUUCUGUUGGAUACUAAGCAAUGUGUUUUAAUGUAAACACUGUUUUAAAUAUAGUGUAGAGUUUUAUUUUUAUAACCCCAGAUAAUUUAGAUUAAUGUUUGAACGGUUGCUGUAUUUUAAAUUCGUUUUAAUAAAACAGAGAAUAAGAAUGUUUGAGUUGAUAUGGCACUGGUUUGUAUAUUCCAUGUGAAACUGAUACGAUUUCCUGACAUGGUUCGUUUGAAAGUGGAAUUGUUCUGAUUACUGGAAAUAAAUCAGCGGUUCAUACAUGGUAUCCGGGGUGAUAUUAAAUGUGGAGAGAAUUACCAGCCUAUAUUACCACAGUGAAAAGUUCGUUUGCGUUUAGGCUUGAGCAAACAUACCGAGUGGUGCGUGUCUGUAACCGUUUACCAAGUACACAUAUAUUGAAGCAGACGCUUGUUCGCUGAUUAAUAUUUUAACUCACAAAUAUAGUUUACCAAAAGCUAGAGACGCGCGUUUAUCGAAGGUAGAAAAACUGCAGUUCAAAGUAAAGAUGAAUGAGCAAAUGCAGGAAGAAUUAACUUGUCCUAUUUGUCUUGAGCUGUUAAAGAAACCGAUCGUUGCACUGCCUUGCCAACAUAACUUGUGUCGUUCUUGUGCAGCAGAUGUAUUCAAGGAAGGGCAAACUAAUAGGUGCCCAACGUGUAGAUUACGUUUACUUUCAGACAUCACAGUAUCGCAUUUGCCACGGAAUAGGACACUCGAAAAUUUGAUUGACAUACACAUAAAAUCAAAGGCGAGUCAUAUCUGUAUGGUGUCGGUAUAUUUAAUUAUUCAUGCGCGUACACGCUGUAGAAUGUGGAGAUAACCGCUUUAUUUCUCAGGGAGACUUACCGCCUGUAUUGAUGUCCGAAUCAGCAAACGAAGCUUACCAACUUCCCAAACUGUUUGAGAUGGCUGCUUCAUACCAACGAGAAUCAGAAUAUGAGAAAGCUA